AUGUCCAUCCUGCAGCAGCCGAAGCCACUCGUACCAACAAGGUACGACGACCGACGCAACGACCCGUUCUACCGCAUAUUGAGGCCGCCAGAGGACGAGACGCCAGAGGAGCGCAGAGCCCGACUCCUGAAGCAACAGGACGCCCAGCGGGUCUCGAGGCAGAUUGACGAAAGCAUUUUAGAAUCCAAGAAGGCUUUCGACAAACGGAAGAAAGCUAUCAAGAUCUUGCUCCUCGGCCAGGCUGAAUCAGGAAAGAGUACGACAUUGAAAAAUUUCCAGUUGACGUUCACUCCCAAUCAUUUUCGGAGUGAACGACCCAUAUGGAGGAUGGUCAUCCAGUUGAACUUGAUCAGGUCACUAGCACGGCUUCUCCAGGUGCUACAGUACGAGUGGGACUCGGACGUCCCAUCUUCCCCUGUGUCCCCUGUCCGGAUAACAUCCCGUUCUCCACCCAACCGGUCGUCGUCGGGCCCUUUGACAGAUGAACAUCGUAGAAUCUGCAAGCGACUAUCUCCUCUUGUUGCCAUGGAGUCAGAGUUAACGAAGCAACUAUUACCUGAAACACUGUCAUUGAACAGGCCCAUGCGGGAUGUCUGCGUCCGGGCCGGCAGUGCGUGGAAGGGUAUCCUCAACAAAGUCGCGACGUUCGAACCCCCUCCAUUGAGACCUGGGUCGAGAGGUGGCAGGCCUGGUUCGAGCGACGGAAGGCACAGAUCCGACCCUACCGCCGUUCUGGUAGCGUGCAAAGACGACGUUAUUGGUCUAUGGCAGGAUAAAGCUGUCCAACUUGUUCUGCGCAAACACGGAGUACGGCUAGAGGAGAUGCCUGGUUUCUUUCUGGACGAUGUAGAUCGAAUAGCAACGUUCGAUUACGAGCCCACGGAUGAUGACAUAUUGCGAGCUCGAAUCCGCACUCUCGGCGUAGAAGAACAUCGGUUUGUGAUGGAUUCCGGGUCGCAUGAUGGCUCAGAAUGGUACAUUUACGAUGUAGGCGGUAGCCGCGGCCAGCGUCACACAUGGGUUCCAUAUUUUGAUGAUGUGCAAGCAAUCAUCUUCUUGGCCCCGCUGGUAUUCAAUCAAACUCUGGACGAAGACCCAAGCAUAAAUCGGCUUGAGGACACCAUGACCCUAUGGAAAGAUAUAUGUUCGAACCCGCUCCUGGCCAAAGCUACCCUCGUCCUUUUCCUCAACAAGAUUGAUAUACUCCGGUCCACAGUAGCCGCUGGUGUCAAACUUAAACGAUAUGUCCCGAGCUAUGGGGACGAGCCUAAUGAUGUAGAGAAUAUCACCAGGUUCUUCAAGGACAAAUUCAGAGCAUACCAUAAGAAAUUUGCGCCGAAAUAUCGUCCGCUAUUCGUCCACGAAACCUCUGUGAUCGACACCCGGACUACGUCUGCCAUCAUUAUAGGAGUUCGUGAAGGUAUAUUACACGCGCACCUCAAGAGCAUGAGUAUCCUUUGAACGUGUACCAUUGCUUUGGGAUUGUGCGCUACGUCGUUUUCUAUAUCCUCUGUAUCCAUCAUAUACCUGAUAUGUCAAGGUUAAUCCUUCUUAAUCUAUUGGCCCUCCCUUCGCAUGUAUCACCACUUGUACCAUUCUAAAGGCCUAUUUUAUCUCGCAUUAUUUAUAUUAGGCCGGCACUGGCAGAGUACUUACUAGUUGCACAAGAAUACACGUCGAUCACACAGC